AUGUCCCUUUCCAAGAGGGAACUGGACGAGCUCAAACCAUGGAUCGAGAAGACAGUGAAGAGAGUCCUGGGGUUCUCGGAGCCCACGGUGGUGACAGCGGCGCUGAACUGCGUGGGGAAGGGCAUGGAUAAGAAGAAAGCAGCUGACCAUCUCAAGCCCUUCCUGGAUGAUUCCACCCUCCGUUUUGUGGACAAGCUCUUUGAGGCAGUGGAGGAAGGACGAAGUUCUCGCCAUUCCAAAUCCAACAGUGACCGGAACCGGAAACGAGAGCUAAAGGAUGUGUUUGGUGAUGACUCUGAGGUAUCCAAGGAAUCUUCUGGUGUGAAGAAGCGGCGCAUCCCGCGCUUUGAGGAGGUGGAGGAUGAGCCAGAGGUGAUUCCAGGCCCACCAUCUGAGAGCCCUGGGAUGCUGACCAAGCUGCAGAUCAAGCAGAUGAUGGAGGCAGCCACGCGGCAGAUCGAGGAGAGGAAAAAGCAGUUGAGUUUCAUCAGUCCUCCAGCCCCACAGCCCAAAAUCUCCUCCUCAUCCCAAUCAGAACGUCUCCCCAUUGGCAACACCAUCCAGCCCUCCCAGGCUGCCACCUUCAUGAACGACGCCAUCGAGAAGGCGCGGAAGGCGGCGGAGCUGCAGGCCCGGAUCCAGGCCCAGCUGGCCCUGAAACCAGGGCUCAUUGGCAAUGCCAACAUGGUGGGACUGGCCAACCUGCACGCCAUGGGCAUCGCCCCCCCGAAGGUGGAGCUGAAGGACCAGACCAAGCCCACGCCGCUGAUCCUGGACGAACAAGGUCGAACUGUUGAUGCAACUGGGAAGGAGAUUGAGCUGACCCACAGGAUGCCCACCCUGAAGGCCAACAUCAGAGCUGUGAAGAGAGAGCAGUUCAAACAGCAGCUCAAAGAAAAACCCUCAGAAGAUAUGGAGUCCAACACUUACUUUGACCCCAGGGUCUCCAUCACCCCGGCCCAGCGGCAGAAACGCACCUUCAAGUUCCAUGAAAAAGGCAAAUUUGAGAAGAUUGCCCAGAGGUUGAGAACAAAGGCUCAACUAGAAAAGCUGCAGGCAGAGAUCUCCCAGGCUGCCAGGAAAACUGGGAUCCACACCUCCACCAAACUGGCUCUGAUUACCCCAAAGAAGGAGCUGAAGGAGGGAGAGAUCCCAGAGAUUGAGUGGUGGGAUUCCUACAUCAUCCCCAACGGCCUGGACUUAAAAGGUGGAACGUCCUCCAAGAAAGACGAGUACUUUGGGAUCACCAACCUGGUGGAGCACCCGGCGCAGCUCAACCCACCAGUGGACAGUGACACCCCAGUCACCUUGGGGGUUUAUUUAACGAAGAAAGAGCAGAAAAAAUUACGGCGACAAACUCGGAGGGAAGCCCAGAAGGAGCUGCAGGAGAAAGUCAGGCUGGGCCUGAUGCCACCACCAGAGCCCAAAGUGAGGAUUUCCAACCUGAUGCGAGUGCUGGGGACAGAAGCUGUGCAGGACCCCACCAAGGUGGAAGCUCAUGUUAGAGCACAGAUGGCAAAGAGACAGAAAGCUCACGAGGAGGCCAACGCGGCGCGGAAGUUGACGGCAGAGCAGAGAAAAGCCAAAAAGGUGAAAAAGCUGAAAGAAGAUGUUUCCCAAGGAGUUCACAUAGCAGUGUACAGGGUCAGAAACUUGAGCAAUCCAGCCAAAAAAUUCAAAAUCGAGGCCAACGCUGGCCAGCUGUACCUGACAGGGGUGGUGGUUUUACACAAAGAUGUCAACGUGGUGGUGGUAGAAGGAGGCCCCAAAGCACAGAAGAAAUUCAAACGUUUGAUGCUUCAUCGAAUAAAAUGGGAUGAGCAAACAUCAAACACAAAGGGAGAGGAUGAUGAUGAGUCUGACGAGGAGGCCGUGAAGAAAACAAACAAAUGCUCUCUGGUUUGGGAGGGCACAGCCAAGGACCGCAGCUUCGGGGAGAUGAAGUUCAAGCAGUGCCCCACGGAGAACAUGGCACGGGAGCACUUUAAGAAGCACGGAGCCGAGCACUACUGGGACUUGGCCCUCAGCGAGUCGGUGCUGGAAUCCACAGACUGAGGCGGGGGGCCCAGGCAGCCCC